AUGGGCUACGGCUUUAUCGACUUUGUCUCCAAUGAGGCCGCUCUAACCGCAAUGCAGCACAUCAAACUGCAAAACUCCAGUCAAUAUGUAAACUUUGCCUACGAAUCGGAAAAGGAUCCUUUGAAUGUCUACGUCACGAAUAUUCCUGAAUCAUGGAAUUCAGAGAAUGUAGAGAAUUUGAAGCAGAUUUUCGCUCCCUAUGGAAAAAUAACCUCUGCACUUGUCAUGACACGCAGAUCAACAAACACCUGCACAGGAACGGGAUUCGUCCGCUACCUCACCUCUGAGGAGGCGCAAAGGGCCAUUGAUGGCAUAAGGAAGGCGAAGAUCACGUUGCCUGGAGCAAAGCGGCCCCUGGAAUUAAAGUUGGCUGACAGACAACGAGCUCGUGAACACAAAAGGUGA